AUGAGAGGCUACACGUCCUACUUCCACCACCAAUACCCCAGUUGCGGACAUGAGCGCACCAAGCCCUGUACUGAGACUAUAAUCUCCGACAACCUCCUCCUUCCCUACCACUACCUCCGCGCCACUCAGCCCAGCAUGUGCGAGGACUGUGAGAACAAGUGGCUGGAUAACUACUUUGAAGAAAAUGGCCAAAGUCAAACUUCAAACUCUUACCGGGCCAUCGUGGACCCGGUUUAUAGAGAUCAUAUCAUCAAAACCAACGCGGUUGGUAAUUCUACUCCAGACGACAGGGACACAAGCAGUGCUGACCACAGCGACAAUGGUCAGCUCUUCUUGGGUUCUGCCGUUGAUGAUUCUGGCAAUGGGGACGGGCACAGUGCUGGCCACAGCGACAAUGGCCAGACCUGUUCCCGUGCUGUUGUCGAUGAGUCGGAGUCAAGUUGCGGAUAUCCGGCGCAUUCUGAUAAGUCCUCUGCGAUACCCUUUAACUUUGCUCGUACUAAUCCUAGUUCGCCGGAGAUGACUGGAGAUCUUGACUCUUUUGUGUCAGCAAUCGUCAAAACCAAUCCGGAUCGUCUUGAUCAGAGGGGCGAUGAGAGUGACGAUGCAGAGGACUUUGUUCAGAUUGAAUCACCGGACACCGAGGGCGAUGCUUGUGAAUCCUUCAGUGAUAACAGCAGCUUUGAAACAGACAGUUCUGGCUCAUCGCUCUGCGGAUCGUCUUUGAUAAGGUAUAACAUACUGAAGCUGAGAAUUGACGAACUCGUUGAGCAGCGGCAGCAACAGCGACAGCGGCAGGCGAGCACUGACCAUGAACAAGACGCUCAUGCUGAUCUCAAGGACACGCCCCUUGCGGACUCAAUUAAUAGCCCUGAAUCUGACGAUCACUCAUAUGACCAGUCUACUCUUGACAUUGACCUUGUGCACCAGCGUAUUGAAGCCACAAUCCUAAAGCGCAUUGAAGAAAACAACGAAAGAGAAGCCCGACAGGAAGCCAUCUCCAAGCUCCUUGACGCAGCACUUCUAAAAAAGGACCAAGACGAGCGGCGCGAGAAGAACGCCGAACUGGGGAUUGAAGAGGACCCCCAUCUUUGGGACACAGAGUCCCUCGCCGAAAUAUGGCAGGAAAAGACUUCCACUACGGUAACCCCUGAUAAUGACAGCACCCCUGUCUCCCCCCACACCUGCUCAUCGCCCAAAAACCAACAGGCCCCAACCCCAGAUUCCCCACAGAAGCACAUGUACAUGGGCAGCAUGUUUGCAGAUGAGGAAUCCGCUUACCAACGCGGACUGCGCGAGGUCCGGCCCUACGGCAAUUAUCCAGGUGAGUGGGAAGGAUUCUUGAUGGCAUUUUCCGAAGACGACGCGAACCGCCAGGGUCUACUAGACCCGAUCCAUGUGCGGGGCUGCUGUUCCGAGCAGCGCGCCGACUUCCACCUUUACUACGGUGUGAUGCAUGCUGCGUCCGAGGAAGAAGCUGAGAAGCGCUGGUUAGAGGAUAUCCGGCGGAUACCCGGUGAAGAAGGGAAGUUCUACGGGUUAUUGCGGGCUGACGAUUUGCGGCACGCGCGCGCGAUGGGACUGAGUGAGAUCCGUCAUCCGUGGGGGUGUUGCAAGGAUGGGCUUUUUACGAUGCCAGAACGGGUGCUUCAUACAUACACUGGAUUUAUGUGCGCGACCUCUCUGAAGGAGGUUGAAGAUAUGGGAUUAUGUGAUGCGCAACCGGUUCCUGGGGAAUGUGGUGAUUAUUACGGUGGGACUUAUUAUGGGUAUAUUGAAGCUUAUAGUGAGUUGGAUGCCUUUCAGAUGGGACUGAAGGAUCCUGAACAUGAUGGGGAGUGUUGUGCCAAGGCCGAGGCUGUGUCGAUCUCGGAGGGGCACACGUAUUACGGUUAUAUGUAUGGGAGGUCUCAGGAACAGGUAAUGAAUAGGGGUUUGAGGGAUGUUUUGCUUGUUCCUGGAUUUGAUAUUAAGUAUUCGGGAUAUUUACGGGCGGACUCUGAGCAGGCAGCGAAAGCUAUGGGCCUUUUUGAACCUUCACGUAUUGCAUGA